AUGUUCGACCAAACCUCAGGUCAGGUCUUUACAGAAUAUGCCAUGUCUCGAGGGGCUCUCGCCGAAUCUGAUGAGGACUCGGCAGGUUGGAGUCGGCGUCGGCCAUAUCCUUCCUUUACAGCUCGUGGGCCGCGUGGACCUCGGCCUUUGGUAGAUAUGGCCAUCAGCGUCCUUGCAGAUAACAUUGGCAAGGUUCGUUCUGGGGCACAUCUCGAGACUAUUCCGAGUAAUAUGUUGUGGCGCAUUUGGCGGUACCUAGAGGCCAGAGGCGUGUGUCUUCAUGCUUGGAAGAUUUUCUCCAAAAUUCUCAUGGACGACCAGGAUGACAAAACUCUUGGGCUGUACCGCUUUCGACAACAUAUAUGCCGUCCUGGCACCGAUCUUACCCGUUAUACCCAGCCCCUAACGGCACCACCCACAGACUUCAUUACACACCUUGUUCUCACAGGUGGAUGCUCUUUCAGCACUCAUGAUCUUUUAUGUCUCGCCGACAUGCCCAAUCUCGGCGCCCUUGAACUCAUCAAACCGGCUGAUGAGCUCCAGACUAUCUUCCCACGCGUCUCAGAUCGUCUUGUCCGGGGGUGGACUGAGAAGAAAGACCCGUUUCCCUUGCUGCGUAUAUUGAGAAUAUGGGGCGAUCAGUCCACGACUCACGAAUCUCUCAAGUGGGUGUCCAAGUUCCCUUCUCUUGCUUUAUACGACGUCAUGGGCGCAAGGGAGGACUGGACCCGGAGCUACGAGGCAGCGUUGGAGAAUGGGUGGGAACAGGAUGACGCACCGUCCGGGCUAGAGGAUUCGUUGUUACGAUAUCUCAUGUUGUUUGCGCCGCUUGAGGAAACUAGGAGUAAGCCUCUUCGUGACCUUGCGGCGAGUAUCGACAACGACUUGGUUUCGCUAUGCAGCGACUCUCGAUGUGCCGUCAAGUUCGUUCAAGAGCAUCAAGCACCGCCUCUUCUUGACUACCUCACUGAUACGGCAAAGGUACAGACACCAUCAUGGGAUACUGAUGCCGCGUCUCGAGAAGCUCGAGCGUGUCACGGCGUGGCUUUCGAGCCCUGGGCGUUCUGGCUGUACUCCUUUCUAGGCCAGUUGAGUUCAGAUCAAGACUUGGAGGCUCGCGGUGCUCGUCCCUCUACAAAAGCCGUAGCUGGUCCUUUCGUUCUACCUUCAAGACCACUUGCCUGUCUUCAUUUGGGACACAGUUCUCGAUCUGGUGGCAUUGGUACGAGACCUUCAUAUGUCAGUAGAGGGUUGUUCGCAACGCGGAGAUACACUUUUGCACGAGACGCUGCUGGUCGAGGUGCAUCGAGAGAAAAACCAGUGCCGAUUCCUAAGAAAGAAACUAGCUUGGUAGCUUCGCAGCGUUCGGCGCCUAUUUUGGCAUUGAGAAAGCAGAAGAGAAAGAGACUUGACGAUGUUUUGCAGGAUUUAUCAGGGUGA